AUGGCAGCAAUGAAGACAACCACUUCUGGUCGUGCGUUCGCCAAGAACAUCUAUGAUCUCUACUCGACGUUGAUGAUCUCGCUCCCCAUCACCAACCACAAGACACUCUUCAAGAGCUACCCCAACAGCUUCACAUCAGAGGACGCCAUCUCCCAACUCGGAGGUCUCCACUUCAUCCAAUCCAACCAUGACUCCGACCCCAACGACCCCACCCGCAUCAUCACCCGCACAGUCAGGACUCACUUCUCCUUACCCCGCGACAUGGCAAAGAACCUCUGCCAGACAUUCAUGGAUGCCGGUCUCUUCGAGAGCGCAUCAGACCCAGGCAAACGAGAGUUUCAAAACAGAGGCAUCUACCACGUCACAGGAAAGGGAGCCCACAUCGUCGAGAAAUUUGUUCACAGGAACGGACUCCCAGUCGAGGCCACCCGUCACAUCACAUCCAAUGCAACCCCAAGGAUCCUGGUACUGGAGCGUGCUGAGGAUGAAGAUGCCAUUGUGCUGAACCAAAAGGCGGUCGAUGCGAUCUUCAAGCGGUUUGCAGGACUGAGACCCAACGUCGUGUCGGAUGGAUCGAUUGAUGUCGCGUCAAGCCCUGGUCGGGAACGGGAUCGUGUUCAGGCUAACAUUGAACGAUGCAACGGAAUCGAGGUCAAGGACCAGCAACACAACUACGACAUGUACAAGAACACGUUCUAUGGCAAGGCAGCAGUUGAUUGGCUCUUGGACUUUACGACAGUCAUUGGCAAGGAAGAGGCCAUCUGCAUUGCACAGGAGAUGGUCACCUGCAGAUACAUCGAGCAAGUGGGAGAGGAGCACAGAAGCGGACCCGCAUUGUUCCGUACCGGAAACGGAGCCCUGUACCAGUUCACAGAGGCAGGAAAAGCUGUGCUUGGUUGGGAAUCCCAUGCCCGCAGUCGCGGUAGCAGUGUCAACACCGACUGGAUGGAAGAGAGAGGAGUACUAGGAAGUUCCAAGAUGGACAGAGUAUUACAGUCAGAGAUGCUCCUUUCAACCCAGUUCAAGCUCACAUCCCACAACAUUAGCCGCCUGCCCAUCUCGGUCGCCAGCGAAAGACGUCGCUCUAUAGACGAAUCAAGUCUUGGCGGAUCGACUGCAUACAAUGACGACACGACGCUUGUUAAUGGAUCCGUCCGUCGUCUGUCCCAAAUCCUGAGUGACCCAUCGUUCCAAACCACACAGUCAGUGUCAGGUGGUCCCAUGUCCUCUUACGCCGCGUCGUCCUCGGGUCGAGAAUCAGUAGGUCACCGUGAGGGGGGUUCGACAGGCAGCAGUGGAGGAUCAGUUGCUGGUCUUGGUUCGUCUGUUCAGUCCAGCACGUCAAACGUCAAGCGACUUGAGCUCAUUCUGGAUGACGCUGAGCUCCAUGAGCUGUUCAGGAACUUUUUGCGGGCCAACAUUUGCGAGGAGAACCUGACUUUCCAUCUGGAGGUUAUGAGCUACAGGACGCGGUUUGAGGCGCUGGUGCAUUCAACUCGAGUCUAUGCUCAGUCUUUGGCGUCGCAAGAUCCGUCGACGAUCCCAGGACCUAUUCCACAUCCAGCAGCAUUGCGCGAACUGGAAAAGCAGAUCUGCACACAUGCUUUUGCGAUCUACGAGACGUACUUGAUUGCAGGCGCCCCUCGCGAGCUGAACUUGCCUCAUCAGAUGCGACUGGAUCUCACCGCAUACAUGCAGGCCGUCGUCCGGAACAUGGAAACACCUUCGGCAACCGACGGAAACCCCAGCACACCAACGUUACAAUCGACACAGCAGGAGGCAGGAUUGAUCGGAGCAGCGACCGGAGACCGUGCCAAGACGCCGACGAGGGAGCUUAUCCACAUUGGCCUGUUUGACAAGGCAGACGAACACAUCAAGAGGCUGAUGUCGACCGACUCGGUACCCAAGUUUACAAAGUCAGAGAUCUACCUCGGUGUGAUUGUGAGCCGAAUGAAGCUUCGGAACGGGAACGGCGGAGGAUCAGGAGGCGCCGGCGGUAAUGGGUCUUUGAACGUUAUCCACGGAAAGUCGCUUCGGUCAUCUCGCAGCAGGAGCGUCAACUUGGCCGACCAGCCCGGCGAGUGUGUCACGGUUCCAUACACUGCUGACGAGCCCGUCUACAACAUUAUCCAGCGCAUCGCCAUGGAGCUCCAAGAGACCAAGACCGACUACAACUACCAGGAGCUUUACCUCCAAGGCUUCCAUCUCGAGUACCCUCAGCUCCCCCUCGCCAACUAUCGUGUCCUCGGAGGAACCCUGACCUACCAAUCAAUCAAAAAAGGUGACAUGUCUGUUUUUGUCAAGACCCUCUCCGGCGGCAAGUCGCUCUGCAUCGGUUGCAACCCGUCGGAUUCGGUCUUGGACCUUAAGAAGAUCCUCUUCAAACGCGAGGGCGUCCCUUUGGGUCAGAUGCAACUCCAGCACCGUGGCAAGGUCCUUGAUGAUGACGAUACGUUGGAAUCUCGAGGCAUUCGCCGGAUGUCUACUCUGACCAUGUCGACCUAUGUCCGGGGUGGCCUCAGCUUGAACUUCGUUGCGCCCAUUACGUUUGCCGACGUCGUUAACAGCGACAACGUCCACAAGGUUAAACUUGUCCGUGGUGGGUGUAAAGAACGCAUUGUGCGUCCUGGUACCAACGUCCAUGUCAAGUGUCCAUGUACGCUCCAGUAUGACGUGGUUGUUCCCAUGCGCUUUGGAAUCAUUGAGCUGUCCCAGGAGAAAUUACCCUGUCCCAAGUGCGAGAAAGCGGACAAGACGGUCCCUGUCACAGUCGGAUUCUUGACCUGCAAAUACCGCUUCCUUGGCAUCAAGGCGAACGGCGCCCAGUUCACAACCGGUUGGACCAAGGUCGAUGAGUCUGAUGAGUAUCAGCAAUUUGAUCCCAAGAAGCAGAUUGGAUGGACUCGUUUGGUGAUCGAGUCUGCCCCUCUUGACGGAGAGGAUAACUGCCCACUUUGCCUGAAGCAAAUGGAUGACGAAGACGAAGUGGAGACAUUGGACUGCGGCCACCGGUUCCACGAAGCCUGUCAGGCUCGACAAAAUCCGGACACCACCUGUUCGAGCUGCGAUUUCCAGCACGUCCUGCUCAAUAACAAGAAGAGCUUCCUGGGAGGCUUGCGUCUUCGCCUGUCGCAGUAA